AAAAGAGCUUUGAAGGAAACGGAAACGGAUAGGGAUAGCGGCGCGCAGCUUCCGGUUCUCAGCGUUUCAGCAUGGCUGCCAUAGGAGUUCACUUUGGAUAUACAUGCGCCUGUGUGGCCGUGUUUAAGGACGGGCGGGCUGACGUGGUGGCCAAUGAUGCAGGAGACAGGGUAACUCCAGCUGUGGUUGGAUACAGAGACACAGAGCAGAUUGUGGGAAUUGCAGCAAAACAGGGACGAGUACGGAACGCUGCCAACACGGUGGUCCGAGUGAAACAAGUGCUGGGCAGAAGCUUUGAUGAUCCAGAGACUCAGAACCAUAAAUCAGAGACCAAGUGUGAGUUGGUGAACAGAGGCGGAAAAGCUUAUUAUGAGAUUACAGCGGGAGAACAGUCGCAGUAUGUUUCACCAGAGGAGGUCGCCAAACUCAUCUUUUGUAAAAUGAAAGAAACGGCUCAGUCAGCGCUGGGUUCUGAUGUCAACGAGGCCGUCAUCACGGUUCCAUUUGAGUUUGCACAGACGCAGAAACGAGCUUUAAGGGAGGCAGCUGAAGCAGCAGGACUCCAGGUGCUGCGGUUGAUCCACGAGCCCGUGGCUGCUCUGUUAGCAUACAACAUCGAACAGGACUGUCCCGCUGGAAAGAGCCACGUUGUGGUGUAUAAAUUAGGUGGAACCUCCCUCAGCGUGACGGUGCUCCAGGUCACCGGGGGAAUGUUCCGUGUUCUAAACACACACACUGACCACAACAUCGGAGGAGAGAACUUCACCCAGGCCUUGGCCCAGCACCUGGCUGCCGAGUUUAAACGAACCUUCAAACAUGAUGUCAGUGGCAACGCCCGCGCCAUGAUGAAGCUGAUGAACGGAGCCGACAUGGCCAAACACUCACUGUCCUCACUGGGCUCAGCCAACUGUUUUGUGGACUCCUUGUACGACGGCAUCGACUUUGAAUGCAACGUCUCCAGAGCUCGAUUUGAGCUGCUCUGCUCAUCACUUUUCAACAAAAGCAUUCAGCCAAUCAAAAACCUGCUGGAGAAGGUGAACCUCUCAACCAGUGACAUCAACAAGGUUAUCCUCAGCGGAGGGUCGGCAAGAAUCCCCCGACUCCAACAAAUGAUCCGUGACUUGUUUUCUGACGUGGAGCUUCUCAGCUCAGCGCCUACUGAUGAGGUCAUCGCCGUGGGCGCCGCCCUGCAGGCGGGGUUACUGGUCAACAAAGAAAACCUUGCCCCUGAGGAGGAGUCGAUCACAGUGGACUUUUCUGCUGCGGACAUUCUGGUGAAGGAAGUGGACGAAUCUGGAACAGAAAUGUUCACUGUGGUGCUUCCGUCUGGCACGCCUCUUCCUGCCCGCAAACACCACACCCUGAGGGGGGGUGGGAAACUGACCUCUCUCUGUGUGGAGGUUUACCAGCGGUUCGUCACAAAGCAGCCAGAGAGGUUAGCUAAGAUUAUCUUGAGGGACCUGCAGUCCAGAGAGGAGGACCACGAGGUGGACACCAUGGUGACCAUGAAAAGGGAUGGCUCUGUUCAUGUUUCCUGCACAGAACGGUGCAGUGGAAGGUCAGAGGUCGUCACCAUAGCAGCGGCAGCAGCAGCGUCAUAAAAGCCCCUGAUCUGCAGUCUGAAAACACAGUUUACAGUGUCGGUGCAAUGUAUUCGUUUCUGUUUUUCACUAAAUAAACGUAAAUAAUUUCACUCUCA